AUGCGCCAGCAGAAGGUGUCUGUGGACGUGGUGCGUAUGGUGACUUCUUCGGCGGGCUACCUGCUGGUGGCGGCGGCGGCCUGGCUGCUGGCGCGGCCGCGCCGAGCGAGCCCGCCAGCUGCAGGAGCGCCUGCUGCUCUCACUGGCUGGCGAGGAGGAAGAGGAGGGAGAGGGAGAGGGCGAGGGAGAGGGAGAGGGAGGGGGCGAGGACGGGGGCGACGGCGGCGUCACAGCGGGAGGCCCGUCGACUGCGGCCGAGCACGAAGGGGCAGAGCCGUCAAAGCCGGAGUUGCGACAUCGAGGAGCCAGGCGGGUGGAGGCGGAGGCCGAGGCGUUGGCGGAAGCGGAGGAAGAAGGGCUGCAGGGGGCCGACCUCUAGGCCCCCUACUGCGCCCCCCACAUACAGUUCUAAGUAGCCCCCGAGGUGCAGUGCAGCCGCCACUUGUGGACUUGCGUGCCUCUGACGAGACGGGGCCCUGUUGUGUUGGCGGCAGGAAGGCGAAGCUGCUGUGCCGGCGGCUGGUCAGCUACCUGCCGCGGAGCUCCGCCGCCGUCUGGUGAGUUGCAGCACCUACGCUACACUACUGUACACUUCACUACACUAGGCGAGCCGAGACGC